CCCGCCCGCCAUGGCGCAGCCGGGCCCCGAGCCCCAGCCCGACGCUUCUCUCCAGCAACGCCUGGAAGAAUUGGAAAAAGUCAAUGCCGAGUUUUUACGCACCAAGCAGCAGCUUGAGCAAGAAUUUAACCAAAAGAGGGCGAAAUUCAAAGAGCUGUACCUGGCUAAAGAAGAGGACCUGAAGAGACAGAGUGCGGUCCUGCAGGCGGCCCAAGACGACCUGGGGAACCUCCGGACUCGACUGCGGGAGGCCCAGGCGGAGAUGGAGAACAUCAAGGCCGUGGCCACCGUCUCUGAGAACACUAAGCAGGAAGCGAUCGACGAGGUGAAGAGGCAGUGGCAGGAAGAGGUGGCUUCGCUGCAGGCUGUCAUGAAAGAAACAGUUCGGGACUACGAGCACCAGUUCCACCACCGGCUGGAACAGGAGCGAGCGCAGUGGGCUCAGUACCGGGAAACGGCCGAGAGGGAAAUCGCCGACCUGAGAAGAAGGCUGUCCGAAGGCCAAGAGGAGGAAAAUCUAGAAAAUGAAAUGAAAAAGGCCCAAGAGGACGCAGAGAAGCUCCGCUCGGUCGUGAUGCCGAUGGAGAAGGAGAUUGCUGCUUUAAAGGAGAAACUGACGGAGGCCGAGGACAAGAUUAAAGAGCUGGAGGCCUCAAAGGUUAAAGAACUGAACCAUUACCUGGAAGCCGAAAAGUCCUGCCGGACAGAUUUGGAGAUGUACGUCGCCGUCUUGAACACCCAGAAGUCGGUCCUGCAAGAAGACGCCGAGAAGCUCCGGAAAGAACUGCAUGAAGUGUGCCACCUGCUAGAGCAAGAGCGCCAGCAGCACAACCAGCUGAAGCACACGUGGCAGAAGGCCAACGACCAGUUCCUGGAGUCCCAGCGCCUGCUCAUGCGGGACAUGCAGCGCCUGGAGAGCGUGCUCACCUCCGAACAGCUCCGCCAGGUCCAGGAGCUCAAGAAGAAAGACCAGGAAGAAGACGAGCAGCGGCGGCUGGACAAGGGGAAGGAGGAGCGGAAGGCGGCCGACCCGGAGGAGGAGGAGGAGGAGGCGAAAGUCCCGGCGGGGUGCCCUCUGCCCCACGAAGACUCCCUCGCCCAGCUCCCUGGCAGAGAGGCGCCGCCCGGCAGCUCCCACGGCUCCGCACACUCACUGGACGCCGACCCACCGCCGCCGCCACCGCCGCCCCCCGCCUCCGGCGAGCCCUUCGGCCGAGCGGACGGAGACCCGUUCAAGGACGGCCUCAGGAGGGCCCAGUCCACCGACAGCCUCGGCCCCCCGGGGCCCCCGCCGCCCAAGGCCCUGGGCUACAACCACAAGGCCAAGUCGGCCGGCAACCUGGACGAGUCGGAUUUCGGGCCUCUGGUGGGCGCCGACUCGGCGGCGGAGCACUUGGACACGGCCUCCCUAGGGUCCCUGCAGAUGCCUAGCGGCUUCAUGCUGACCAAAGACCAGGAGAAGGCCAUCAAGGCCAUGACCCCCGAGCAGGAGGAGACCGCGUCCCUGCUGUCCAGCGUCACGCAGGGGGUCGAGAGCGCCUACGUGUCCCCCAGCGGCUAUCGCCUGGUCAGCGAAACCGAGUGGAACUUGCUGCAGAAGGAGGUGCAGAACGCCGGAAGCAAGCUUGGCCGGCGCUGUGAUAUGUGCUUCAACUACGAGAAGCAGCUGCAGGGGGUUCAGCUUCAGGAGGCCGAGACGCGGGAGCAGGUGAAGCGGCUGCAAGCGAUGCUGCGGCAGGCCAACGAGCAGCUGGAGCGCGGGUUGCGGGACAAGCAGGAGCUGGAGGAGGCCCUGACUGUGCGCGCCGAACACGCCCAGCACCAGAUCUCCACCCUGCUGCUGAGAGCCCAAGAGUCGGAGGCCGCCCUCGGCCAGCUGCAGCAGGACUUCUCCCAGGCCAAGAGGAGCGUCCAGGAGCAGAUGGCUGUGCUGACGCAGUCCCGGGAGCAGGUCUCCGAGGAGCUGGCUCGGCUGCAGAGGGACAACGAGAGCCUCCAGGGCAAGCACAGCUGGCACGCGGCCCUGCAGCAGGCCGAGGACUUCAUCCUCCCGGAAUCCUCCGAGGAGCUCCGGGAGCUGGUCCUCCAGUACCGGGAGCACACCAUCGGGGCGAGGACCGCCGCCGACCACCUGGAGGAGAAGCUCAAGGCCGAGAUCCUCUUCCUGAAGGAACAGAUCCAAGCGGAGCAGUGCCUGAAGGAGAACCUGGAGGAAACCCUGCAGCUGGAGAUCGAGAACUGCAAGGAGGAGAUUGCAUGCAUUUCCAGCCUCAAAGCUGAAUUGGACAGAGUGAAGGCGGAGAAGGAGCAGCUGGAAGCGGGCCUGGCCGAGCGGGCGCAGCAGCUGGAGGGCCUCCGAGACCUCAAAGCUACGGCCGAAGAGCAGCUGAGGAAGGAGGCCGCCGCCAAGGCCGACGCGGAGCAGCUGAUGAUGGAGGAGAAGAACAAGGCCCAGCGGCUGCAGACCGAGCUGGACGUCAGCGAGCAGGUGCAGCGGGAUUUUGUCAAGCUGUCCCAGACGCUGCAGGUGCAGCUGGAGCGCGUCCGCCAGGCCGACUCCCUGGAGCGGGUCCGGGCCAUCCUGAACGACACCAAACUGACGGACAUUAACCAGCUGCCCGAGACAUGACCCCCGGUGGGCGCCGCCCCCCCCCCACGGGGGGCACUUUUAACUCCCCUUUCUAGCACCAUUAAUUCUUAUUUAACUCUAACUCGAGGGGCUCGCGUGGCGGGGGGGGGGGGGCGGCCGGACGCUUGUUUGCGGAGAGAGGAGAGACUGGGUCCCGGACCAGGGCGCCCCACCUCCCGCCCCCACCCCUCCCAGGGUCCGCCGGGGGGGCCGGUUGACCUUCCUUUGUGUUUGAGUAGGGCUAGUCGGUAGCCAGGCCGAAAGCAUAGCGCGCUGAAUGACUAUUUUAUAUUAAAAUGAGAAGGGAGCGGGCCCGGGGUUGGGGCGGGAGGGGCGGGGCACCUUGACCCGUUUUUCUGUUGCCCGUUUGCCCGUUCCGGAACGGGCGCCGCCAAGGCUGGCAUCCAGAAAGCACAAGCGAGGCGGCACGGAAGCCCCUCUGCGGGCAGCCCCGGGGCUCCCAACACUACACCCGUCCCCCCCACCCCACCCCGGCCCUAGAUGGACGGACUCACCCCUGAGUUGACUGACCGGCUGAGACGACCCCCCCACACCCCCAGCCCUCUCUGCUCUUCGGGACCCGCGGGCGCCAGGCUCCGCCGCUGCUCGGGCCGCAGUCCGUGCGUGGACGAUGAGGAGCUGGGGCGCCCGCCCUGAGCUGCUUGCCGGGCUGGCACCGGGUCGAGCCGUGGGUUCAGGCCCUCCCCCCCAGCAGACAGCCAGUGCCACCGGACUGGUGGCGGCGGCCCCCCCUGAGAGCCACGGCCAGGGGCUGACCUCCUUGGCCACUAAGAAAUGGAGGUAAGAAACCUGACAAUUUUUUCCGCGCCCCCAUCCCCAAGCAACCACUUCGCUCUGCUCUUCCUCCCUCUGCCACCCAGCAGCGGCCUUCUCGCCAGGCGGACGUCGGUGGGUGUAGAGAGGAGGAGCCCGUCCUGUCCCUUGGCCGCAGGGGAAGGGUCCCCUUGGGCCCAGUAUCCCUGCAGGCCACCCCACCCCGUGUGAUGGAGGUGGGCCAGAGGGCGUGACACGGGCCUGUGCGGUGAUGGCUGUGGCUCCGUUGCGGGCGGAGCCGGUGUAACCAACCGCUGUUAACUGUACUGAACGUGCGGGUGUGAGUGUGUGUCCAUAUGGAGGAAGUGUUCCCAUUAAAACAAAAAGCUGCU